ACGGGCCGAACCGUCUUCAGGAGGACAGGGAAGUCUCCGUGGUGUUUAGCUGGUCUGUGAGCAUGUUAGACGGGAAUUUGGUGGAAAUAAGAGCGUUACGGAGUUUCCUGGUGGCGUGGAAGUAAAUCACAUCCCGCGGAAAGCCGACCACGCCUCCCCUGUUUGAGCAGUGAGUCGGGCCGGGCAGCUGCGCCGAGCCGGGAGUGUGUCACGCACCCGGCAGAUUGAUGGAGAAGCAGGUAUGGCGAUGGCGACCCGGUUGUACGGUAACUACCGCUGGAAGCGCCACCGCUGCUCAGAGGGGACGCACGUGUGCCCCGUGUUCAACGUGCACUACCUGGGCGUCAUGCCGGCGAACGGGGAGGUCGGGAGGGGCGCCAUCGAGGAGCCCGUGGACAUGCUGUUCGAGGAGGGUGUUGGCCGCAAGCUCGAGCCCUUGACCGUGAGCGUGUGCAGUCACGGGCUGAAGCUGAAGCAGGAACGCGGGCCGUUCCAGCGCAACAAGCAGGCCGUCUUCCCCAUCCACACGGUGACGUACGGGGCGUCGGACCGGAUCCACCCGAACGUGUUCGGCGUGGUGGUCCGGAACGCCCAGAUGGAGGGCCUGCUGCAGUGUCACGCGUUCUUCUGCGACUCUCAUGAGCUGGCCAGGGUCAUGACCUUCUGGCUGACGAUCGCGUUCAAGGAGGCUUUCGAGACGUGGCAGAAGGCGAGGCUUCCCGUCAACCGGCCCAGGAGCCCGGGCGUGCUCAUCGAGGAGCCGCUAGGCGUCAACGACGAGCGCGCCUUGACCAACUGCUUUGGACUCUUCAAAUUCGACAAACAGAACAGGAGACCGUUACAGUAUUCUGUGUAUGAACCCUCCCUGUAUGAAAGUAAGGACUUCCAGGACGCGACAGUACGCCCCUCCUCUGCUCCCAGGACCCUGGCCCACCCUGCCACUAACCCGUUCCAAACAGGACCCAUGGACAGCCUGAGAAGUGUGCGAAACCCGCUACGUUCUCGGGUUCCCUUCAUGAAGUCAGCAUCCCUGGACAAUAUUCCCGAACACACAUGGGUGAAGUACGAAUACAACGGAGCCAAAGACGGCAUGCUGGGCCCAGUCCCCAGCAGAGGAUCGCAACAGGACUUGUCUCCUAGGAGCCCCAACUUUCCUCAAGGUGGAAUUCACCAAAGAUCAGCCAAGGUCGUGUCUAAUUUCGUGGAGCCUCAUCACCAUAACCCAGGGGCACCCAGGGGCCCGCCGCAAGAGGUUCACAAGGUCCACGCCGUCUACGGCAGGCCUCCGGGAGAGAACCAAGAACGGGCCGAGCAUUUCGAACUACAAGGUGGCAGCUUUCCUAUUUCACCGACUAGAACCGAGUUCAUCACACCCGAGGGUCUGAAGGUGACGGUAGAGAAAACGCGCUUCUACAACUGGAGGAGGGCCAAGAGCGUCGAAGACCUACAUCCGGGCCCUCCUGACAAUACCCAGGGUUCCCCGGAGCGUGUUAAGUACCAGAAUAACAGGACCUUUCAGCUUGUCGGCUUUGAGACGGUCGGGACAAAGCGAGACGUCAGCCAUUCGUCUCCACAGAAGGUGGUGGAUAAUACCAAUCAUCAGAUCAGGGGCCCCGGCAAGGCAACUUCCCUAGAGAACCUCCGCCCCCGAUGGACCACUGUGCCAGAAAGCCCGUAUUCAUCUAUUUCUAAGAAGACGUUUUCUGAGAUUGAGUUCAGACACGUCAAUUCUAACAGCCCACCGAAGAGCCCUGUCAAGGCUAACAUCAGGAGACGUGAGCUUAGAUCCAGCCCGACCAGAACUGAAGUCAAACAAGUCCGACCUCCCUCUUUACACGCGGAUGUUAUCAGAAAGGUAGAGGGCAGACCCACAGACAAGUUGAACAGCGGGCGUGCGCAGACGAGACCGAGCGCCGAUUUUGAUUCAAAUCCCGCCAGACACACCGUGAAAAAGGUCGACAAGCUCGACAAUGCCGCGGAACAAAAGCCGUCCCAUGGCAACAACACCGAGACCUUCGCACACCACAUGUCUCCCGUCCUGAACCAUGACAACACACGGAGGUCGCAGAGGAGGCAGUAUCGGGUCCGGUUUGAAGACGACGCCGACAGGGCGAGAGAAAAGGACCAGAUGUUCGGGAGGAGGGAGCAGCAGCUGCCGAAGCCCAGUCAAGUAAACCCCGAGGUCGACCCCGAAGUCGUGCGAGAGAAACUGCCCAUGGCCGUGGCGGUAGCCGAGAUGACGGACUCCGGAAACGCCAGCGACGAGGAGUCGGAAGAUAGCUGGCUGUAGGUGCUUUAGGAUUGAUUGUUUAAUGAGUUCUAUGUGUUUGUUGCAAGGGCAGGUUUACGAGACAAUACAUAAUAAAUAAGAAAUGUCAGGUGAGCAGGUAUCAGAGCACACGCAGGUGAGGUGUUCAAGGUCUUGUCAGUUCACGCGAUACCAGAAGCAUCGAUCUAUUGUAAUAUUGUUAUUCCUCCAACAUCGAUCUGCAAAGCUCAUAGUAAGCAGAUGAUUAACGAUGCAUCAGAAAUAUGAUGUUCAUUGCUAAUAUUUCACUACUUACGUUAUUAUUAAGCCUUAAAUUAUGUUCUUAAGUAACUGCAUAUGGGACGACAAGUUACUUAUGUGAAAUGAUCCGUCCGUUAAGUUAUUUGCGUCUGGGGAAUAAAGAAAUAUGUGUAUACCAAUUUGUUAUUCAUCAUCGACGUUUGAAUUAGAUAUGAUUUGUAAAACUUGCCACGCAACACAUAAAUCAUAUCAGUGUUUGAAAUGCCAAAGUCAUUUUUCUUGUCCUGGCAUCUGUAAUGCACUCUGCAGAAACGUAGUAAAAAUGGUGGUUACCGUCAAUGUCAUAGUAGGAUUGAAAAAUGAUGACAUGCACUUGAUUUUCCAAACA